GUCUGGCCGCCAUUACUUCACUUUUUAAUCAGUGUAGUUUAGUUUGGUGCGCCUUCUUCGUGAUAUCACGACCUCAAGCUUCAUGGCCUCGAACACCAUCCCAGCGACAGCAAUCACAAGUAAUUCAGGCUGCGAGCAAGAUUCAAAAGAGAGCACAAAAGAGGAGACACACCCCUUUGCAGAGCCUUGGGAGGAUAGUGAUUUAGUGCUUUUGGUGGAAGAUGAAAAAUUUCACGUCCAUCGACAGAUACUGAGCAUCCAUUCCCCGGUUUUUAAGGUCAUGCUAGGAACAAAGUUUAAGGAGGCAAUAGCCAAGGAGAUCCCCUUACCAGGAAAAAAGGCUAAUGAAGUUUUGGAUUUCCUGAAACAAAUGUACUUGAAAGAGAGUGAUGGAGUCACAUUGGACAAAGUUGAACAUCUCUUGAAGUUAGCUGACGAGUACCAGACAAAGUCAGUGUUCGAUGUUUGUGCGAAUCUCCUCAAAAAUAUAAUGGCGAGAUCUGAAGAGGAAGCGAUCAGGAUACUUUUCUUGGCAAACACUACCGACAUGGCAAGGCAGGACGACAGGUUGAAUAUCACUCGUAUAACAUGCUACGACUAUGUAAAAAACAUGGCACUCCAAAAAAUCAUGGAGAAAGAAGAUUUUAAAAAUUUAGAACAGAAUGUUAGAGAAAACGUUUUAGUUAAAAGAAUUGAAAAAUUAGAGGAGCUCGUCAAAAAAGUUCAUCCUAAGGUUAACGAAUUAGCGGAGUUUUGUGUGACGUUGUGCUUAGAAUCGUCAAAGCAUUGUAAGAAAAUAACUCGUUGCCCCGUACAUUAUAAUAGUGAAAAGAGAGCAGAAUGGCCGCUCUUGACAUGCACAGUUUGUGAAAAAAUGAUACGUCAGUUAGAUUCCUUAUCAAUGUCAUCAACCUCAAGUAGAUCAAAGCAGACAGGAGCCUUUCCUAUGGGGUAAUUUGGUACCAGCUUCAGUCCGCAGCCGGACUUCAUUUCCGUCAUUCAGGAUCUUCAACACACACACAAUCAUACUGCUCCGACGACGUCUUUUCCAACAUACGGCACUGGAGGUUUUAACUUUUCUUCAAGUCCAUUUAAGUAAUAAAUGUAUCGACAAGCAAUGUAAAAUGAUUUCGCGAAGUUUAUUUACUUCAGGAAAGCAGAAAACAGGGAUUAUCCCCUAAGUAUCUAGUAUAUAUUGAGCGCCCCAAGUUACCAAUGAAAAGACCCAAAAUUUGUAAGUAAAGCUAUUUGUAUAGUAAAUUAAAAGAGAGUGGCUUUACAGGGGAUUUUCAAAAGUUUUGAUCGCUAGGCUCUUUGAGAGAAUCGGAUUUAGCUGAAUGGAGACUGCCCUCCAUUAAAACGAUACAAUUAGUAGCUUUAGAAAUGAGUUUUAUCUGCAUGAGAAUAAAUGCAGAAACACCAUGGUUCUAAGCUAAGAAAAUGUGUCUGUGCAGUAACAACAUCAUUGCUAUCAAUAAAUAAAUAAAUUACUUACCCCUAAAUAACAAGUU